CGCCAUCAUGAGAACUGCACUGCUGUGUUUUUUCGCUAUUAUUGCCACUGUUUAUUCCGCUCCGAACCUCGGAAAGCUACCCCAUUUACCGGACUGCACUCCAACGCCCCCAAAAUGUGAUCAUACAAGUACAACUACCACACCCAAACCGACACCAACGAAGAAACCCGACGAUGACUGCGACACAACAGUUCCAGUGACGACAAAACCGACUACUACAUCAGAUGACGAUUGCGAUACAACAGUUCCUGUGACAAAACACACAACCACAGACGCAACACAGACUACAGACGAUGAUUGCUCCACUACACCAAAACCUACAACUCCAAAAGGUGAUGAUGACUGCGAUGAUCCACCGAAACCUCGUGGUCACAAACCAUCGAAGCCAAAAUCUGUAGAAAGUGUAGCUGGUGCCGUCGCAGGCGCAAAUGGUGACAGCAGCUAUGCUAAGGCAUUUGGUUUCGCUGAAGACACGUUUUAAAUUGUGUAUUUUAAAUGUUUGUAAUAAAUAUUUGCAU